CUUCAGGGGCGGGGCUGGCCGAGGCCGUUGAGUUCCCAGACGACCGCCGGGAGGGGGACGACCAAGAGACCGAACCCAGGGCUGCGCGGUCAGACGCUAACCAGGGCGCGAGCGGGAGACGCCGGGCUUGCAGCGCCGAGCAAAAAGCAGAGCCAGCAGGGAGCUCCAGGACCAGCAGGAUGGGGGCCGCCUGUAUCAAAGUCACCAAAUACUUCCUCUUCCUCUUCAACUUGCUCUUCUUUGUCCUGGGCGCGGUGAUUCUGGGCUUCGGGGUGUGGAUCCUGGCCGACAGGAGCAGCUUCAUCUCUGUCCUGCAGACCUCCUCCACCUCGCUCAAGGUGGGAGCCUACAUCUUCAUCAGCAUAGGGGCCUUCACCAUGCUCAUGGGCUUCCUGGGCUGCAUUGGUGCCGUCAAUGAGGUCCGCUGCCUGCUGGGGCUGUACUUUGCCUUCCUGGUCCUGAUCCUCAUCGCCCAGGUGGCUGCUGGGGUCCUCUUCUACUUCAACAUGGGCAAGCUGAAGCAGGAGAUGGGCAGCAUCGUGACGGAGCUCAUUCAGAAGUACGAGGAGGGUCGCCAGGACAGCUUACAGGAGGCCUGGGACUACGUGCAGGCUCAGGUGCAGUGCUGCGGCUGGGUCAGCUUCUACAACUGGACAGAAAACCCCAGGCUCAUGAAUCACACCAACACCACCUACCCCUGCUCCUGCAAGACAAGGAGCCAGAAUGACAGCAGCCUCCCACUGGAGAAGGGUUUCUGCCACGACCUCAACGGAAUCCAGGGUGGCAACAACCCCGAUGCCUGGCCCGUGUACCACGAGGGCUGCAUGGAGAAGGUGCAGGCCUGGCUGCAGGAGAACCUGGGCAUCAUCCUUGGCGUGUGUGUGGGCGUCGCUGUCAUCGAGCUCCUGGGGAUGCUCCUGUCCAUGUUCUUGUGCCGCAGCAUCCACUCUGAAGACUACAGCAAGGUCCCCAAGUACUGAGGCGGCUGCUGUCCCCACCUCCCUGCCCGUCCCCCAACCUCAGGGCCCGCAGGGCUCUCCCUGGCAUCCUCCUCCAGGCCUGCCUCCCACCUCACUGCCAAGAGUGGUGGCAAGAAGCGGGGGCGCUUUCUGGGGCCCGGACCCCUCUCCUUUGCUCUUCUGCCGCCAGCCUUAAGCCCCCUCUAUUCUGCGGCUCCUUCACUCCUUGUCUGCCAGCGUCGUCUUAGCAACUCAGAGAAAAUGCUCCCUGCACAGGUGGGCUGGGUUUCUACCUGCCUGGGGGGCUGUAUAUAUUGUGUGGGAGAAAGUGUAUUAAAACCUUGGGGGGGUGGGGGGGGACAAGGUACCCCGGGCUGUCAGGGGACUGCCCACUGCGUGGGUCGACUUUGUUUCCACUAUGAUGCUUCUGUCCUUGUUUUCACCUUUUCCUGGAGGUGGUGGGAGGGGGUGGGCUUGACCUGACAUGAAGGACAGCACCCCUUCCCCAGCCUGAGCCAGCCCCACCCAGGCAGCUCAGACCAGUUGGGCCACACUGUGCAGGCAGGGCCUAGGUGAGCUGGGUUGAGGGGGGCUGCCUGGGCUGCGGGUCUAGACUGUUCCCUGGAUGGCUUAGGGACUCAGAGGGGUGCGCCCUCUGGGGGUGGCACCGAGCUGGCCUUGCAUUUGCCAGGCUCCUGAGCUAUCCAGGGCCUGGGUGGGUGAGGCUGUGCCUUGUAGGGGGUGGGAAGGGGCCCUGUGCACAGUUCUGUAAAACAGGAAUGACUGAUUAUUAAAGAGGAUUUGUAACAACCCAGCUUGCCAUGGUGGGGACCUGCUUCCCAGGGUUUUGGGGGGACCAGAGGGGAGACAGAGUGUGAGCCGAGGGGCUGGGUCCACAGGAAAGAGCAGUGGGUGCCUCACUGUUCUUCUCAGAGGGUACUCCCUCUGCCGUCUCCUCUCUAGGGCCCUGGAGGCAGACAAAGGGGUAGGUGGGGCACUUGCCUCCCUGAAGUGGGGCAGGAAGGGGUGGCUGUGGAGGUGUUUCAGUGGAGCCCACCAGGUGGCACUGCUGCCCCAGCCUGGGAGCCUGAGGGAGCCCACACUUGUCCCUGGGUUACUCCAGGAGCCUCAGCAGCUCCACACCUGUGGGUCUCUCACUUCAGUGGGUGGGUGAAUGUGCAGCCUCCAAGGCUCAGGAAUCCUGGGCUGAAAAGAAAGAACCUGCGUCUUUUUUUUGUUUUGUUUUCAUUAAAAUAGAGUUGAUUUACAAUGU